CUGUCAUCAUCAGAAAGUUGCAAUGCAUAAUGCAGCUCAGCUGAGAGCGAAGAAUGCACGUAAAACUAGUCUUACGCAAGUGAAUGAAAUUUUUCAGUCCAGGCUUGAAUACGAGGUUCUUACUCAGAUUGGUAAUAAAAUACCUGAAAGUAAAAGGAAUAACAUUUUCACUUUAUAUGAAAAUAAUAUGAGAAGCGUUUUCGAGAGUAUUGGUGAAUAUGAUCGAAACGAAAAAUACGAAGAGAUCUUCAACGAAGAAUCAGUCAUCGUUUCCAUAACCAAAGAUGAAGAAUUAGUCGCUUUCGUAUCUUUCAGGUUUGACACAGAGGAAGGUGAAGAAGAAAACUUAUUUGCUAUCAUUUACUUGUACGAACUGCAGGUACAGCAAAGUUACCAAAACGGCAAAAUUGGUGCGAAAUGCCUUGACUCAUUGCACUCUCUAAAGGAACUAUUGAAACUUGAUAAGACAAUGUUGACAGUCUCAAAAUACAACCCACGGGGUGUUAAAUUCUACAGUAGGAAUCACUUUGAACUUGAUGAGAUUGAUCCGUCCUGGUUCGAAGGGGGUGAGAAUGAAAACUAUCAUAUCAUGUCACGUGCAUAGCAUCUAUUGAGAUACUCUUUCAUACAUUUGAAAUUCAUAAAUAACGCCAUUUUCUUCAAUGUCACCUUCUUGUACUUCAAAUCCAACGUACUUCUCGAAAUCCUCAUGAGUGCAUCUCCUCCAUUCGUUAUCGCGGAGUUCAGGAAAUUUUACGUCAGCCUCCUCAAACGAAGGUGAUUUCACGCGUGUCAUGAACACUCUUGAUGUGUAUGGUAUCAUUUGAUUGUAAAUUUGUGCACCACCUAUACAAAAAACGCGUGUUUUUGACUCAUUCGUAUAAGCUAUAGCGGAUUCCACGUUAUGUAAAAGUUUAACAUUAUCGUUUAUUUGAAGAUCGUUAGUCCGCGAUAAGAUGACAUUUUGUCUGUUUCUGAGAGGUUUAAACUUCUGAGGAAUACUAUCCCAUACUUUUCUUCCCAUAAUAACAACAUUAGGAUCUUCUUGAGUUUCUAAUUUGGUUGAUGUAACUUUCGCAAAGAAUUUCAGUUCAUUUGAGAGUCUCCAAGGCAUGCUAUUAGAGUUUGAAAGACCAAUACCAUUUUCUAUAGUAGCAGCUACUAUAACAUUCAAAUUUGAGAGUCUCUGCAUACCGUUCUUCACGUUCA